UUUUGUGUGACGCAUGCGCUCGUUGUAGAACUGCCAUCUUGUGGAUGAUCCUACAAACAUUUUGUCAAUAAAGUGUUAACCAGGGUUUUGUAUGUGAAAUUACUGUGGUUUGUGCAGUGGUUUUAAAAUUUGUUACAAUGGCAGACAACGAAAGUAAAGCCAUGCAAUUAAUGGCUGAAGCAGAGAAAAAACUAACUUCCUCUAAAGGAUUCUUUGGUCAACUAUUUGGAGGAUCCUCCAAGGUGGAGGAGGCUGUGGAGUGCUACCAACGUGCAGCCAACAUGUUCAAAAUGGCUAAGAAGUGGGCUCAGGCUGGUAAUGCCUUCUGUGAGGCAGCUGCAUUACACUCGAAGGCUGGCAGUAGGCAUGACGCUGCUACCAACUAUGUUGAUGCUGCUAAUUGUUAUAAGAAGUCUGAUCCUAAUGAGGCUGUAAAUUGUCUUCUGAAGGCAAUAGAGAUAUAUACGGAUAUGGGACGAUUCACGAUGGCAGCCAAGCAUCAUCAGACGAUUGCUGAAAUGUACGAGACGGAAGCUGUGGACCUAGAUCGGGCAGUGCAACAUUACGAACAAGCUGCUGACUAUUUUAAGGGAGAGGAAAGCAAUUCUUCUGCCAACAAGUGCAUGCUUAAAGUUGCACAGUAUGCUGCUCAGUUGGAAAAUUAUGAGAAAGCUAUCAAAAUAUACGAAUCGGUUGCCUCAAACUCAUUAGAAAGCUCACUGCUUAAAUAUAGUGCAAAGGAGUACUUCUUCCGAGCAGCUCUGUGCCACUUGUGUGUGGACGUGUUGAAUGCCCAGCAUGCCUUGGAGCGGUACACAGAGUUAUAUCCAGCAUUCCAGGACUCCCGAGAAUACAAACUUCUCAAGGUCCUUAUUGACCAUAUGGAGGAACAGAAUGCUGACGGGUUCACAGAAGCUGUCAAGGACUACGAUUCUAUCUCUCGACUAGACCAGUGGUACACGACGAUCCUCCUUCGCAUCAAGAAACAAGUCAAUGACAACCCUGACCUACGUUGAAACCCAACUAUCCACCUCAAUAACAGACUGAGACAUGUUUUGGCAUACUUGUUGUAGUUUAAGCGCAUGUCACAUAACUUCAAAUUUAUAGGAUGAUCUGUGAAAUGUAGAUCCUACAUCAUUUGUCCGUAUUAUCAACCACUGCUUGUUUGGCAAGUAAAUUAUAUGGGAAGUAUUUUCCAAUGAUCUAAAUUUGCUUUAAUAUCUUAUUUCUUAUUGUUGUUCGCCUAUGGUUACCAGCUUAACACUGAUUAGUUUUUAAAUAUAUUUUACCGAUGUUGAAUAACUAAUAGUCCAAUAGACAGUGUUAAUGUUAAUUAAAUUUAAGCAAAAAAAAGUUAAUAAUUUAGAUUAUUUUCUAGAGUAAUGUUAUAUUAUAGACGGUUUGGCCUAUUUUUGCAGGAAAUUUCAUUUUACAUAAACUUUAUCAUGAUUAUUUUAAUAUAUCCAUAUUUGAUGCUGAAUAUGAAUAUACAUCCUAAUGUAAUACAUUACAUUUAAAGUCUUGAACUUGAAGUAUAUAGUUCAACUGUGAUAGUAGAUUUGUUGUGUUAAUAUUGUUAUAGUUUUGUUACUUCACUAUGUAUAUUUGAAGUACCUAUAUAAUUAUUUAAAUUUGAAAUAUUUACAAUUUAUUUUUAAAUGAUUGUAUGUACAUAUAAAAUGGGGCUAAUGAGUCAGAUAAUUCUAAACCAAUAAAAUAAAUCUUAUUUUAAUUACAAAUCAACCCUAGUGUCUUUUUCUGUACUUGUAGUUAAUUUAGAGAGAAAGAACUAAAAGUGAUUUUAGUUAUAACAUUAAAAAUAUAUUUUCCAUUUAACUGGCACGAACUAUUACUCUCAUUAUGUAGCACCAUGUUAUUAAACAUUACAAAAGUCAAUCAUCUUAUGAUAUUAAUGGAUAUCAAUCAUCAAAGUAUUAAUGGAGACCAGCCGAUGAUGUUAAUAGAUAUAGUUUGUAACUGAACACAUAAUAUAAAAGAUGGCCAUAUAAGGAUAAAAUUUCUUAAGAAUAUUGGCAAUGUUUGCGAUUCCUAGUAAUAUAAAACAUACAUUUUUGGUAAAGUUUUAUUCACAAAAAAAUAAAUUUUACUUUCUUAUAAUUUCUAUACUCUUGAAAAAUACAAACAGCUUCUCUCUAGUCUGCCUAGUUCCAAAAUGUCUUAAUGGAUAUUCCAGCGUGCUGUCAGCCCAGUGUUAUCAGUAAAUUAUUUGCAGCUUUUUUGUGCUAUUCUGCUAGCCUAAUGAAGUUUGUUUUAGUCUGAAGCUGGGCGUACAAGUGAAUUUUGAAUAAUGUGUUGGCUGGAUGGCUAGUGCCUGUACUGUUGCCUAUUCACUUGUAGUCCUUGUUUGUACCUUCAGGUCAAAGGUUCCUACCUUCUUAGUGCAUUCAGUUGUUGGAUAAUACAGUGAAUACUAAUAAAGUGAAUUUCAGUUUGAUAUAAUAAUUAAUAUUGUUUAAUAAAUAAAUCAUCAGUGAUUUAACCACAUCAAUAAAUGUUAUUAAUAACUAUUAUUUUAUCUAAAAAAUUGACUAGGCAGAAUGAAUAGUAUGAGAUGAUGAACCAAGGGCUAGUUUGACUGUAACACAAAUAAUUUUCAUUAUCUAGUAAGCUAAUUUUGUCAGUAAUAAAGAAGCUAGUAUUCAAUAAUUAUGUUUAUCCCAAAAUGAAGAUUGAAAGGAACAAGACAUAAUCAGUUAUAUCAAUGAUAAGCAAUAACAUUUUUGCAUUAGUUUUGUGAUUUUAAUGCAGAAUAAGUGUAUUGUGUUUAUUCUCAGAACUCAUAGCCAAAUAACUUUUUGAAAAUAACUAUAUUAUAUUGAUUAAAUAUAUGUGAUAGAUUUCAGAACUCAUAGCAGAGGUUGUUGUGAUACAUUUUGGGAAAACGUAAUACCUCAUAAGACACCAGUUUGGUGUUCUUCAUGUUGGGGCUUAUAUUUAUUUGUCAACUCCAAUUGUCUUACUGGAAUUUAACAAUAACAAAAUAAUUGUAUACACUGAACAGACUUUGAGAAAAUUAGUUACUUCUUAGUGCUUAAAAUCUUAGGCAAAUCUCUUCCCUCCUUUUAAUAUUCAAAAAUAUAUUACUAAUUAAGCAGCAGCUAAAAAUAUACAUGUAUAGUUCAAUGUACAUAAUUACAUGAGAGGUUAAAUCAGUGUACAGGUAUGGGAUCCUGUUCAUCUUAAAACUCACUCUUAUUAAUACAUAUAAAGGCUUUACUUCAGAAUAUAGUAGUGGAUUGUUCUGAUUGAUAUUGUUUUGAAAAGUGUCUAGAUAAAAGUUAUGUAACUGAUAAGAGUUACAGACUCUUUAAAGUCAUACUCUUUGCAGGUGGUUGCCUAUUCUCAUACUAGUAAUGAGAAAUAUAUGGGUUUUAUUCAACUUGAAAGUAUUUAGUGUUAAUGUGGGUGUUUCAAGAGGGUGGAUUUUGUGAACUUACAGGCUUUUCCGCAUUUAAGUUCAUACAUUUCAAGUGAUAAUGAUAGCAAAAUUAUGAUACAAAAAUACAAUUAACUUAUAAAUUAAGUAACAUUUGUUUAUUUAAUGAUAGGGUAGUUAAGUCUGCAUUGAAUUUUUCAAAACUACUAUCCUAAAUUAUUAGAAGUAUUCUAAAAAUUACUUCUAUCCUUGGCGUAUCACUGAAAAUUAUUACUAAUGUUCAAUUCAAAACGAAUAUUGUUUUACUGACAGUAAAUUGUAAAUUUUGUAAAGUCUCAGAAACCAAAAGUUGAAAUAUAAAGGUUAACUUGUUUUGUAUUGAAAAGUAGCCACUAAUAGUUGACUUGUUACGCACUAUCUAAAAAGUGAUAAAAUUGUUCACAACAUUUUAAUACCAAGUUUACUGCAAAUGUGAGUGGGGACAAUGCUUCUAUUAUGCAUGCGACGAGGACAUGUUGACUAUCAACAUCUGACUCGUUUUGUGUCUGGGACAGGAAGCCUUGAUAGCAAUCAGUUUAUUUUUGCGUGUAAAAUCAAUUACGUAAAUUUAAAGUGUACUGUUCAUAUCUGUUUACUACAUUGGAUUAUCUGCAAAGCAAGUAAAUUUUUACAAUGAAUUUGGAUUUGGUCCACUCACUAUACUUUUAAAGUUGUAAGUUUUCAGUGUCGGUAAGUAGGCCAAAGCCUGUUGAAUUUUCCAGCUUGACAUGACUAUGCGAUAUGGAAGUGGAUGUUUAGUGCUUGGUAAUGAGUCACUGGCAGAUGAUCACGAUGUGAGGUAGCAAUGUAAUAUUAAUAGAAUGAGUUAGAAUGGUUACAGAUAAAUUAGUCAAUUUUUCAGGACAUUUUAGUCUAUUUGGUUGCUCUGCAAUAAUGUUUGUUGCUUUCUCUAAAUAACUUUUUAUUAAUUUUUUUGUUUAUAUAUAUUUACAAUUUUUUUAGUAAGAAAAAAAAAUUAAAAGCAACUGUCAAUAUUCUGUUACUUGUUUUGUUUAUCUGUUUAAAUAAUUGUUUAUUCAAAACAGCACAAUGUUUUCAAUAUGCUUUUCAUCAAGCUUUAAAUUAAUUUAAACUAUUGUAGUAAUCAGAUAGAAAGAGCAGGCUUAAAUUUACCACAUUUGAAGAAUAUUACUCAAUUUCUUAACAUAAAGGUGUAAAAGAAAACAAAUUGAAUAGUUCAUUCAUGAUUACUAUGCACUUUUUCAGCCACAUAGUGUAAGUGCACAAUGUCAAAGUGACAAAGUGUUCAUCGGGCAUAUAUCCAACUUGUGUUUUCUUUUUAAUGUCCAUUUAUGUUAAGAAGAAUAGAAAUAACUUCCAAUCUGGUAAAUGCAAGCCUGUUCUUUCUGUUCUCUUAAAAAACUGUUACAAUCUGGCGUUUAGCCCUCUUUGAUCAAUAAACCCAUUUUAUUAACCAGCAAUCUUUGGACAAAUGAAGUAGGAUUAAAUAAUUGCUCGCCCCUUUCCAAUGUUAUGCUAAUACUUUUUUUCUUUGUAAUUGAAGUAAAUCAAAUUUUGUCCUAAUAGAUAAUUAAAUAAGUGACCACUUGUUAGCCAACGACAUUGUUCAUUUAUAAUUCAUUUUAUAGGGUCAUUCCUUUUUGCUGUCUAAAAAGGUUGUAAAAGGAAGCCUUGAAAGUCUUCUAUAUAGAAUGAUGUAAUGUAAAAAUGGAAUAGAUUCUCACAUUCAUCUAGAAAUGAAAAAUAAACAAUAAAUUCUGUCAGAGUAUCAUGAAGUUUGUAUUGUCAGUGCUUAGCCUCAAAUGUUAGCACAUAAUUCGUACUUAAUUUAUUGUCUUGUUUUAAUUUAAUAAUAAUUGGUAAAAAAAUAUUAACAUAUUUUUUAUUGACUUUAAAUUUCAAUGUUGGUUGUUUAAAAUCAAAUUGAACAAGACUCAGACAAAACAAUGCACUGACAAAUUAUAUCAGUUGUAGUUAGUGGUUGACUACAUAAUUUGUUUUAUGCAUACUUGUAAAUACAUUCUUAUAUUUGUAAAUGUUAUAUUAAGGCAUAUCACUGCAAGGUUAAUUACAAGUUGUCAGGCUAAAUCUUAGUUUUAUAUAAAAGUUGUGAAUUUUGUGACAAAGCAAAAUUUCAAAUUCUAAAAUGUAUGACAAAAUUCAAACAUUUUUUCAGUAACAGUUUUUGCUUUCAUGUUGUUAUUCUGAAACUGUGCAUUUUGUUUUGGUUUUUCUUAUCUUAUUUUCCUGCAGAAAGGGGCAGAUGUAAUUCAUAAGUGUUGGUUAUACAUAAAACAUGUAAAAAUAAUGGUUUUAACUAGCACUUGCCAUAUACACCUUGGCACUCUCAGCACUAAAUGAGCAAAUACGUAAAACCAUAAUAUUUUUAAGAUCUUCAACAUAAAAUGUUGUGCUAUUUAAACUCCCAAGCUAAGAAGUGGAAAUUAGUUUAAGUUGUUUUCUCAUUUCGUAGAACCUCUGUUAGUAGUAAAACAAGUUGUGGUUAACACUCUCAGUGGCUGUGCUGUGUGUGUAUGUCCCAUUGUUAUGAAUGUGAAUUAACAUCUCACAGAUCAUUAUAAGCACAAGCACAAUGCUUGAUUUCCUAAAUUUCCUGAAUGUUAUGUAAGCAAUUAUUGUGUUACAACUUUUACACAAUUCAAUUUUUCUGAUCAAAGCUUGUCAAUAAAUAGUAUUGACCACAACUUUAAUACAUUUUCUCUGUACCAGUAGUUUAAAUAAUCGGAUAAACAGUCAUUUAAUAGUUGACAACUAAGAAUAACCAAGCAAUUUAUAAUUUUACAAUUUUUGAUGACUGAGGUAAACUUUAAAAAACUAGUACAUAAGUAAUUUAUUCUUACAAGUGUUUUUGUUUUACUCGAUAAAAAUGUUCUAAAGUAAUCAAUGUUACUAACUUUUAAGUAAAUGGUUGUGUUAUUUUUUUAAUGACUGUAUCACAAAAUCUUAGACAUGCAUCAAAUGUAAAUCAAAAUGCUAAUUGAUAUUUUAAAGUGGCUGUCCAAUGCUAUGAUUGGCCUUAAAUACAUACUGUACGAAUUAACAUUUUAUUCAUUUAUGCACUAUUAGAGGAUAGUUUUAACUUGUCUUGGAAUCAUGAAGUUGCUCCUACUUCUAUUAUUAUAAACAAUAUUUAAAUAAGUUUAACAUUAAUGCAGUGGUUUAACUGCAUUAAUAGUGGAAGGAAUAAACUCGUUCCUCUUUAUCCAGUUUAUUGUAAGACUGUGUUGCGUACAUUAGAUCUUUGAUUAACUUUGAGCUGGUGGUAAUCAAUUCAUAUACUGGUUAAUAGGGACACAAACUGGAAUGAUGUGAAACAAGGCAACAGUGACAGGACAUAAACCUAAUGUACAUUGGUAAAGCUCACGUUUUUUAGCAUAUCUAUUGCACUGUUAGCAGGCAAGCUACUUCGGAAGUUGUGUUUGGUAUUUCUAACAGGUAAAAAGUACUUGACUGAAUGAGCUUACCUGAUCAGCUGGUGAAACACAAGUGAUGACAAUAUGUAUUGAGCAUGUUGCGAGUUAUUUCAAUCGACCAAGAGCAACCUAUCCACACCACUGUUGAUCGUAUCAAGUAGUCAUUGGAUAUGAGAUAGCAGAGACUUUGGGUAAAAGAAUUGUAGUUCUGUAUUUGGCCUAACAGCGAUGGUAAAUAAGUGCAACUGAGUUGCUUCCACCAUGACUGGUACAAUUUCUAACAACACAAUAUUUCUUUACUCUUAUUUGAGAAAUUAUAUUAGCUUGGGGGUAAAUUUCUUACAUUCCCAGAAGCGGCAGUCAGGUGUUAUUUAAUAUAUUUUGAGAUUUCAAAUAACCUGGCGUACUGUAUGUAAUAAAGUUAUAAAUUCCCUCAAAGAGUUAGAUGUAGCUAAUAGAAACUGCACUGUGUUGAUCUUACUAAUUGUAUAGUUAUUUCAUGUAAAUAGUUAUGUGUACUGUUAUAUAGUUUUUGUUAUUUUGUCUGAUUAAUUUGUACAGUUACACUCUUGCCAGCAAUGUAUAAAUUAAAGAUCACAUUUGUAAUAGUGAGUGGUGAGCUUAAUAAAAUUCAAUAAUAAAAAUAUUGACAGAA